UGGAUCGCUCGACCUGCUCUCGCUAUCGCUGCCGACAGCUUUUUCAGACACGGCGCCGAAUGGCUAUGGGCGUCGCCUCCUCUACGACGAGUUGACAACGCCGAUGGCUGCUGUGCGCGGUCUUCGCGCGCUCGACGUGGCCUUGAUCAAGUACCUCGCCGCCAAGUACUGCUGGGUCGACUUUGGCCGCGUCUGGGAACUGGGCACCUCGGAGCGCACGAUGGCUCGCUGCGUCGCCCGUGACAUUCAAAACGGCGCCGUGUACAUGGAGGCGGUGUUCCGCAACGUUCAUUUUCAAGUGUGGUAUGCGCAUGACGCGACACACCUCGACAAGUACCUCUUCGACCCCAUUAGCCAGAGUGCGCCCAGAGGCCGCGAGUGGGUGAGUAGCAUCCAGCGCCACACGUGGCUACCGCUUGACGAUGAAGUAGCUGUGUGGGAGCAGUACAACAUCCAAACCUUCCAGCUUUUGUACUCGAACCGCGUGCGCAUCGGCGUCCAAGAGACGAUUUGGAUUGAAAAUGCCCUCGGGAUCCUCAAUCCGCUUCUGAUCAAGUCGAUUCCGUCGGUGCAGCGCGGCCUUCCGGACUGGACAACGUCCUUCUUGACGGGCACGCUACAGUACGACCUCAUCGGGCUCAUGAUGGCACCGAAUAUGAGCCUCGUUCGCAACACCUCGGGCUUCUUUGCCGACACAGACCCGGCCAUGCUCGAGCUCUACCUCCUCGGCAACAUUAGCCCUGUCAACAAAGUCUUGCAUACGGCGCUGGACUUUCUCACCAACAUCCGCCUGCGCUAUAUCGCGCCCCCACCGUCGCUGAUGGCGCUCGUUCUGGCUUUCGACACGCUCGUGUUGGAAAUGCUCCGAGACAACUUCGACUUUGCCACCGCCUGGGGCAGGGUACCGACCUCGACCGACUUGUUGCCGGCGCCCGUCGCAUGGAGAGGCCGCUUGUCAUACGGCGGAAGCCCGCUCUGCGGCUACGGCAAUCCACUUUCGUUGAUCCAAGAGUCGUUUGCGUUUGAUGACGCGUGCGUGGUCCAACUGCCCUUGACGUAUACGUGGACGCCCUUCAGCGGGCUCUUUGCUGCGUCGCUGACGUCGCUGCCUUCGUCGUCGGCGUUCUGCGCGGACGAAGCACCAACGUGCGCGACCGCUGUCGACCGCACGCUGCACGCCUUGUCGUUCUUGGCAUCGAUGACGCUCACAGCACCCGACGACGCCAAGGCCUGGAACGUCUCGAUCGCUCAGUUUCUCGCCCCUAAAACCAACAGCAACAACAUUUCGCUCGCGAUGCAGCCGCUGCUCGAUGACAAUAACGUGUGGGCGCCGUACGGGUGGCUGAGUCUCUACGACUGGGCACACGGCAACCGCGAAGUUGUCUCGUUCGAGGGCGACCACGGCACCCUACGACUCAUGUCGGCGGCCUACGCACGUGUGGUCGCGCCCCGGAGCGCCACUGCCAGCGCAAACGUCGGCGCUUACCUUUGGUACUCAGCGCUUCUCACGUCUAUCAUGCUUGUGCUGGUCGCCGCCAUGAUUGUCGUGCUGGUCGCAGUCGGGCGUCAGCACCGAAGCCCGCACUGGUUUCACUUUCACCGGAUCUCGUCGUCGAUGUAUCUCAACUGGGGGCUCCUCUUUGUACGCGCACUCGUCGCCGCCGUCUGCUUGUCGAGCGCCCCGAUCGUGCCACAGACGCGCGACGCAACGGUCGCCCUCAUGCAGGACCACCGGUCGCUGUGGACGAGCAUGUUUUUAGCCGGCGAGACGCUGUGGCUCACCUUUGUCGCGCAAGAGUGUCUGCACCCGAUCCUUCUCGAGGCGCUGCACAAGUGGACGACCGGUGCCGCGUGGUGCGUCAUCGUGCUCCUCGACGUCGCGUCGCCCGUGUCGAUCGAGGCCACUAUAGCCCAUGCGUGUCGAACCACCGACAUGGACAUCGCACUCCAAUGCGAAGCCGGCAGCGUCCGCAUUGGCAGCUUCAAUCGCGUCCUCACGAUCAUCGGAAUUCAGCUCGGCGGCGUCCUUCUCGCAGUCAUUAGCUCGGUGCUGUGUCGCCCGCGACGGUCGUCGCUAAUCCAGGAGCAGCCGCCGCUGCUCUUACCGCCCAUGGUCCUCCAACUGUUCCCGACACAAGAAAAGCUCGACGAUGUGACCGCCGCCAUGUGCGGCCUGCUCUGGCUGCCAUGGUGGCAGCAGCUCUUUAGCAUCAAGCUAUGGCUGCUCGUCCCCGCAACCGCGCCAAAGGUGGCGGUCGUUCAAAGCAUGAACGGGUCGCCGAUCCUGUUCAAGCACCAAGCCACGGCGUCGCGCGUGGCCAGAGCCGCGCCAUGCAUCCUUGUCGCUGGACUGGUGUACAUUGGGUGCACGCUCUUUAGCAACGUCGCGUACCUCUCGAUCGCCGCCGACUACAUGGCCAACGACUUUUUCUGGGCCGGCUUCAACACCUCGGGAGGCUACGCCUUUCUCGCGACGCGUGUCAACGCCGAGCUUCUCGUGAGCAGCUCAUCGCUCCUCGCGCUCGAGAGCACCAAGUACAUCGACUACUUUACAGCGUACGACGGGUCCCAGCCGAGCGCGCUCUUGUCGGCGGCCACCGCCACCCGCCGCGCGCUCUUCCACCCGAACGUUGACGACAUUGGAGGCGGCGAUCCGAGGGCUGCGGGCGAUGGACCCGUGCCGGCUCCCGUGGAUGGCGACCCAGUACUGCUAUCUCGACUUGGGCCGCGUCUGGGAGAUGGCGAGCACGGCCAAGCGCCAAGCGCGCUGUCGCCACAUGACGAGCAACGGCGCCGUCUUCCUCGAAACCGCUCUGCGCAAUGUACGCGACUGGCACGCGUUUGGCGCGUGCUGGGGCGACGCGUUUACCGCGGGUAUCGUCGCUGA